CUUUUGCGACAUGCCGUAAAGCGCGUCCGUUCAAGAUGGCCGCUCUGGUGCAUAUAUGGUUUUAGUAGUUCCUCAGUAGAAAGCCGUUCAUUCUCCUCCCUUAAAGCCUUUCUGAGUGGACUAUCAGCUGGGAAUUAAAGCGGAAGUACUGUUUAAUGACAGGAGGCGAUUUCGGGCUGAAAACCAGAUGCGUUUCAUUCAAUAAGAAGGUUUUUUCACGAUGGCCGCACGUUCUCGUCUUGCUCUCCUCGCUUCUCUGGGUCCACCGAGGAGAGGAUUGAGGAGCUUGAGUCUGUUCUCCGGCACGUCCCCGUCCAGCUGGAGCAAAGUGGUGUCUGAUGCGGAGAAGAUCGUGGGAUACCCGACGUCCUUCAUGAGUUUACGCUGUCUGCUCAGUGACGAGCUCAGCAACGUAGCCAUGCACGUCCGAAAACUGGUGGGAACCAAACACCCGCUGCUCAACACCGCCAGGGGGUUUGUGUAUGACAGUAAACACAAUCUGCAGAUGCGAGGUCUGGUGGUGUUGUUGAUGUCUAAAGCAGCAGGACGCAGCGGCUCGCCGUCUGACGCUCUACUACCCGACAUGAUCAGCGGCAUUUACCCCAGUCAGCGUAGCCUGGCCGAGAUCACUGAGCUGAUCCACACGGCGUUCCUGGUGCAUCGUGGGAUCGUAAAUUUGAAGGAGUGGACGUUCUCCGAUGGCCCGCUCAAGGACAUGCAGUUCGGGAACAAGAUGGCCGUCCUGAGCGGUGACUUCCUGUUGGCCAAUGCGUGCACGGGAUUGGCUCAGCUCAACAACACCAAGGUGGUGGAGCUGAUCUCCAGUGCAAUUGGAGACUUGGUGCAGGGUGUCUAUUAUGAAAACUCCAACUCUACUGAGCAGGGAAAGCUUUCUGUGGCGUCAUGGAAGGACCAGGUGUUCCUUUCCCAUGGUGCAUUGCUGGCCAAGAGCUGUCAGGCGGCAAUGGAGUUGGCGAGACACAACACAGAGGCUCAGACUCUUGCUUACGAGUACGGAAAACACCUCGCUUUCGCACACAAGCUGAAUUCGGACUUGCAGCCUUUCAUGAAGAGCGGUUCGGGCCCGGCCGUGUUCUCUCUGGAUUCGGCUCCUGUGGUUUUCCACCGGCUGAUCGUCGGCCACGAGAUCUGGACGCAUCAGAUGCAUCAGGCCCAGAACUCCACGACACAGACCGAUUUCUCAAAGUUGUGGACUGGGAUCAGAUCUGGUGGGGGAGUGAAGCAGGCUGUUGAUCUUUGCACUCAGCACGGAAACACAGCGCUGGAGGCCAUCCGGCGUUUCCCUCCGUCCGAGGCUCGUUCAGCUCUCGAGAACAUCGCCCGAGCCGUCACCAGGUUUUGACCCGAUCGCAUCAGGUCCAUAGUCCGAGCUCCAGCCUCAACACCUCGUCACGUCAGCCGGUCUGAACGUCUGACACGUUUGAACUUUUUCUCCUUCUGUGGACUUCAUCGACGGCUUAGAGGAACAACGGGACUCUGUAAAAAAAAAAACACCAGACGAUUUUACGAGGAUUUUUUUUUUAUGCUUUACUUCAAAAAGCACUGAGGCGUCACCAUGGCAACAGCUUUCAUGUGACAAAACUCUCAUCACAAACUGAUCAUGUGUUGCCUUGGUUACAUGGCAAUAAAAAGUGACCCCACCCAUAAA